CAGCAGUGCAGCUCACCCCGUCUUCCUGAGGCUCCACAUACAGCUCGUCUCCGAUCCUGGACAGAGAGUGGAUGGCUUUGCCCAGCACUGUGCGUAAGAUGUGAGGAACGCUGCCGUGAACUGACUCUCCUCCCAUCAGAGGUGAUAUAAGCAGCUGCUGCAGAAGAGGUAUUACUAGAACAGGCUGUGGACAUUUAGAGAAAGAGAGACACUUUUACAAGAAGCACGAGGAGCUAUGUAAAGAGCUUGUUUUUUUCUWGAGAGAAGGACUUUUGUUGUACAAUUYGAGGACUGUUGAAUGAGUGGAUGUAAAGCGACAGGCGUAUCUGAGAAGAGGCAGCAGGAAGAUAAGUGGUAAAACGUGGGCCUCGGUUUGAUUUCGUGGUGAGGAACUGUUCGCACRAUGAAAAGAGAUCAGAAAACUUGGCAAGAGCAAGCCGACCCUCGCCGGAGUCUUUUCAGCCAAAGCUGGAUUAAAGGAGAGAAAUGAUCACAGCGCAGAUGUCUCAGUCACCUCAUUCAUCAGACACCCAUGCCGUGUUGCAGUCUAUGCUGCAGAGACUGCAGCUUCAGUCAGGAAGAGAGGGCCAGACGCUUUUUCAAACACCUGUAUCCUCGUCUGCACCUCCGGCUCUGGGGCAAAAUGGUGAGAGAGGAGCUGCCAGCCUCCAGGGAGUUCCCAGCAGUCCUGUGAAUGUGCUUGGUUUUAAYGGGAACCCUUCAAAGGAGUUCCCAAUCUCAGCCCMGAACAGUACUUCUGGCUUCCCGAGGGAUGAAAAACACCAAGCAAGUUCUGCUUUGGAAGGGAGCAGGAGUCCAACUCUCUUMCCUUCRCAGAAAGUCAGCCCCAAUGGAGACUCGGGCAAGAGGUGGGAGCUGGGRCAGGCUCCAGGGCCUGGGUUCUCCCCAACMAGUACAAGGCCGCUGUUUCCUGCUAAACCUCAAAAGGAGGUUAAACUCACUUUCUUUAAGAGGACGGAUACAGAGAGGGAGAGCAUUGGCAGCACCCCGAUGAGAGAAGACGUCCCUGCUAAUACCGGYGCUGUUUUGAACAUGAUGGAAAACCAGAACCACGUCCCAGUGUGGUCCGUGAACAGCACAGACGCCGGCUUGGCUGGUGGGGGAAAUACAGGAUCCCAUGUUGGAAACGGAGGAUUCGGCAGCUUGCAACAAAACAACGACGUGCAGGUCUUUUCAAACAGCCAAGUAGCAACAAACAUGAGGAGAAAACGAUCAACUGAGAAUAAAACGAGAAGAUGGACGCAGAAGCUCAAGGAGAAAUUUAAGGACAGACAUGGGAAUGCUGGGAAAAAGGGAAAAGAAGACGGACUUCCUGGACAAGAAACGCAAGUAAUAAUGCCAGAUACACCAGGCAACAAACCAAAUAAUGAUCCARAUGCAACCUUCUCUCCUUUGGACUGCACUGAUUCCAGCAAAUUACAUCCUGCACAAACAGAAGACAACACUACUGCGAGCAACAUCAGGCGUAGYAGUGACUUUGACUUCGGCCUGGGGUCAUUCAGCCUUCUGGACGAGAUCACCCAGGGUCAGGUGUGGGCUAAGUUUUUAAACCCAAACCUCUCCACAUCCUCAGUAACUGAGAGACCAUCAGAGGAGACAUCAAGCCAACCCCAUWUUCAGUCACAACCUCACAGUCUCAAUCAGUCACUGGGAACUUUGAAUCAGGUUGGAAUCAGGAACAACCAGUGGAGCUUCAGGAGUACAGAGUACUCACCUGGUCCAGUCUUCAGCAUGCCACAGUCAGCSCCUGUUUUUCCACCUGUAAACAUGGACACUUCAGCAUUAAAGCAGCAGGCUGACCAGUCGGAGCCAAUGGAAGACGGACAAAGCCGAUCGGAAAUGCUGUCCAAACUCCAGCUCAGGUUGUCKGCGUUUGCAGAGCCAUCAGGUAAUCCUUACCAUUCAAUAGCAAGAAACAGAAUCCAGAUGAGCAGAAAGAGGCAACAUCAGCCGGCUGACGAGAGAUUUCACACUGAGAAAAUGAGUGAUGGAGGAAAGACAGAUGAAGAGCCCAUAUCUUCACCAUCCUCCACCAGCAUCCAAAUGAUGGAAGAGUCAGUGGAGUCACAGCAGAGAAACAUCUCAUCUUCACAACAGCAAAGGCCUCUUYCUGUCUCUCURYCUCCAACAUCACUGAGUCCGUCUGCUCCGCCUCCCCGGAGUGUGCUCAGAAACAACACGUCCCAUGAAGCCGAAUCCGCAAUGGAGACUAUGACGAAACGGAGACGGGUCGAGGAGAACCGCCGGGUUCAUUUUUCCGAGCACGUGAUCGCCAUAGACUCGCCGGASAUCAUGGACGAUACGGUGGAAGAGGAGGAUGAAGAGGAGGAUUUGGAAGCGGAUGAGGACUCGUUAUUCGAGCCGGACUUUGAGGCGGCUCAGGUAGAAAUAGACCAAGUGCUGCCAGCCCGUCGUUCAAAUCUCCCUGCUUGGAUACARGCUCUGAAGAGGAUGAAUGCUGGGAAAAAGCACAGAUAGUGGCUGCGGAACAGAAAUGAUUCUGCCGAAUAAGUGACGUUUAAGCAAUACAUUCUUAAAACCAUCAUAUUCGAGGAGAGUUUGUCUCCGAAACAGAUUCAUCUGGUUGUGAAAGUGGCAGAGAUUUUAAGAUGGUUUGAAACCACUGGACUUUUUGGCUACAGGAAUUUCUGCCAUUUUAUGCAUUUUUCCAGUCGUACAUGGAAACCAUUUAAAUGAAUAUUCCUACAGAAUGUGUGUCAAAUAUCUCUGGACACUCGCAUUGUCCUGCUCAGAAACUGCUUUGUUAACAAGCAAUCGAUCAGAUCAUAUGCUUCUAGCAAUAAACUUUAAAUCGAAUGAUUGAAAUGAUUCUGCCGUCGUUGCAGAGUUGUUGUGUGUUGUUCUCCAUUAUUCUACUGGUCAGCAGCUGAUUGUUGUCUGAUCUAUUGUCUCUGCUGCUGACUCCCACACAUAUCCUGUCUGUCUGCGAUGAUUCUCUACCAUACAGCCACAGCAAUUCACUGCCAAGAGAGGAAAACCUUAUCGGAUUAAGAUAAUAAUAAUGAUUCUAAUCAGCAUCUGUGCAACUCGGCCAUUUGCUUCCAAAGUGAAGUUUUCAGGCCAGGAGAGUUUUCAUCCUGGAAAGAAAAUAACUAUUGUUAUCAACAAUUGUAAAUUACAUGUACAUAGUACUAGACUUACCGUAUGAUGCCAUAUCUUUGUAUGUUUUGCAUCUAUGUCCUAUUAGUUCCAGAUGUGGGACUGAAACAUUUGCUGUCAGAAAUUCAAAACAUGGGAUAUUAUUUCACCACAUGGCAUAUUAAAAAUKUGUAGCUACAAUAAAAAGGGCUCACGGUAACAAGGAGUGAAUACUUUGGAAAACCUCUGAAUUGAGAAAAACAAUAGAAAGGUUUAUAAUUUGAUAUGAUCUGCCACUUUAGACCAAAUCACUGGGAAAAAUAAGAAAUCUGAUAGUUUUGAAGCACUGCUGUGUCUGUAUUACCUGACAGACUCAUUUUAAUGCUUCAGCUG